GUGGAAAUGUGAAAGGAAAAGCCGGAGCGGAGCCCAGGAGACCAAGCGGGGCGCGCGGCGGAGAGAGCCCCACCCCUCCCCCCCGGAGAGCAGCGCGGCCCCUUCGGCCCGGGCCGGCGAGCAGCCCAGGGAAGGAGGCAGCGGGCUGCGGUACCCUGGGGCCGUAGCGGCUUGCUGGCCCCCGGCGCACAGCAGGGCCGCAGGGGACCUUGCCCUAGGCUGCGGGCGCUCUCAGGGCGGGCUGGUUGGCUAGUUCCCGGCGGGUGUCAGUCCCGUCUCUCCCCGUGGGUGCGGGGCAGGCCGGCGGGACCCCAGGCUGGUGAGCGGGGCCGGCGGAGCGGAAGAUGUCGGGCCAGUCGAUCACCGACCGCAUCGCGGCCGCCCAGCACAGUGUCACCGGGUCAGCCAUCUCCAAAGCCGUCUGCAAGGCGACGACCCACGAAGUCAUGGGGCCGAAGAAGAAGCACCUGGACUAUCUAAUCCAGUGCACAAAUGAGAUGAAUGUGAAUAUUCCGCAGCUGGCAGACACACUUUUUGAGAGGACUGUUAACAGUAGCUGGGUUGUAGUGUUCAAAGCUCUAAUUACAACACACCACCUCAUGAUGUAUGGAAAUGAGCGCUUUAUCCAGUAUCUUGCAUCCCGAAAUACAUUGUUCAAUCUAAACAACUACCUGGACAAAAGUGCCAUGCAGGGUUAUGAUAUGUCUACCUUCAUUAGGCGAUAUAGCAAAUACUUGAAUGAAAAAGCACUUUCUUACAGACUUUUAGCAGUUGACUUCACCAAAAUGAAAAGAGGGAUAGAUGGAGUGAUGAGAACUAUGAAUACUGAAAAGCUUCUGAAAACUCUUCCAAUUAUUCAGAACCAGCUUGAUGCGCUCCUUGAUUUUGAUGCAAAUCCAAAUGAAUUAACCAAUGGUGUAAUAAAUGCUGCCUUCAUGCUUCUCUUUAAAGAUUCCAUUAGGCUUUUUGCAGCCUAUAAUGAAGGGAUUAUUAACCUAUUAGAAAAGUAUUUUGAUAUGAAGAAGAACCAGUGCAAAGAAGGUUUGGAUAUUUACAAAAAGUUCCUAGCCAGAAUGACCAAAUUGUCAGAAUUCCUCAAAGUAGCAGAGCAAGUUGGAAUUGAUCAGGGUGACAUUCCAGAUCUUACUCAGGCACCCAGCAGCUUGCUUGAAGCAUUGGAACAGCAUUUGGCUUCUCUAGAGGGGAAAAAAACAAAAGAAGUCUCAGCUGCUAGCAGAGCGAGCACCCUAUCCAGUGCUGUUUCCACACUUGCCAACACAGGAAUGUCAUUUAGCAAAAUGGAUGAGAAAGAGAAACAGCAAGCUUUGGAAGAAGAACAAGCUAGACUGCAAGCACUUAAGGAGCAGCGGUUAAAAGAGAUUUCUGUGGUAUCAAAUUCCACUUCUACAUCAGCAUCUCCAAGCACCUUAUCAGGGAAAAGUGUGAAUACCACUACAGCUGUUGACCUCUUCGCAGCACCAGCACCUACAACCAGUAGCAUGCCUAACCUUUCCAGUGAUCUCUUUGAUCUUCAACCCGCAUUUGUUCCAACUGUACAGAGUACUCCAGCUAUAGCAACAUCAGCAAGCAAUGCGUGGGGGGGAGGUCCUUUCUCGUCCUCAAAUGGUUGUGUUGGUUCUCCAUCCCAUCUGGACAUCUUUGACAUGAAGCCAGUUGAAGAAGCUGUAAAAUCUACUAUCCCUUUCGUCUCUUCCACCUUUACAUCCAAACAAACAGUGGAACAGUUUAGUGGAUUUCCUCUUCAUUCAGCUUCUCAGAGCACCACCUCUUCCAUAAUUAAUGUGGAUUUUGAUGCUGUCUUUGGAGGAAAGUCAACGGCACAUGAGUACAGGACCAUAAAUGAGGAUGUAUUACAACCAACAGUACCAACACAAUGUCAGAGAACCGUUCUAAUCAAUCAGCAGAGUGGGAAAAUUUUAGCAAAUGACCUUGAUUCAUCACUUGCGAACUUAGUAGGAAAUCUUGGCUUUGGAGGAACCCCUUCCAAAAAGUCAGACAUGCAGUGGAAUCAGCCAACAGAGAAGAAACUUACUGGCGGAACAAACUGGCAGGCAAAAACAAGCACCUCAACUACAUGGAAUACUGCCCCCAUUCCUCCUGCUCCACAUAUGAAUGGAGUACAUUAUCCUGGAUAUGUACCUGCUCCAAUGACCUACCCAGUAACUACACCUCAAGUGCCUGUGUAUGGAAUGGUACCGCCUCAGAUUGGUGCUGCUCCUUUAAUGGCACCCCAGCCAAUGAUUUAUACACAGCCAGGUCUCAGGCCAACGAAUCCCUUUGCGCCUGUCCCUGGAACACAGAUACAGUUUAUGUAGAGCAGCCAAAGCAGCGAGAUACAUUGACGACCAAAUACUGGUAAAAAGAAGAGAGUGAAAAUUGUGUUCUCACAGUGCAGUCUUCAGCAAGGCAUCCACUUACUACUCCCUGUGUAACAUAAAAUUACUUUGAAUUGCAAUGCUUUAGAGAUUCUUGUUUAUAACAGUCACUGUGGUAUGGAAUCAUGUUUGUUCAUUGGUUUUAGACUGUAAGACUAGCUUCAGUAGAAAACCAAAAUCUUUGAAGCUAAAGGUCAGUUUAGAAGAUGAGAAGAAUCUGACUUUUAAGGACCUGUACCUUCUGAAGAGGGGCUUAUUUACAUAAUUGCUUUGCAACUUUAUUCAUCAACAGAUGGCCUGUAGAAAGUUGAUUGAGGGCAUGAUAUUUCUAUUUAUUUUAUUUUCUCCCUGAACUGUGUGGCUGUUGUAAUCAAGGCACAACUCAAAUGAAGUUGAGCAAUAAAACUUUCAUAUGCUCUAAUAAAGUACUCUGAUAGAGUAAUGCUUGUAUUAUCAUAUAAAGCCAAUAUUGUGUGAAAUCAGACAGCUUUCUCAUAUUAGAAUAGCUUCUUAUAAUUCACAAAUUUUAUACUGUGAGUUUUAAAUGCUGUGAAUCAACUAACUAUAUAUAAAAACGAUUAAUGGAAAACUGGUCCAUUGGCAUUAUGGCAGUGCGUUCUAUUGCCAGCUGAGAGAUUCAGGCUGAGAUCUGUCUCCAAGCAGGAGAAAAUAGUAGUAUGUUACAGAAUAGCAUGUACAGCUUCCAAACAGAUAGUGAUAGCUGCACUUCCUUAGCAUCUUUUGUGCAGAUAGCAGCAUUGUUCUUAGCUCUAGCAGGAGUUGCCUUUAUGUCACAGUAAAACUGCAGACACAUCCAGCAGCAGCAAAUUGGAGGGAUUAGUAAAUCUUGUUGCUGGCCACUAAAGAGGAGAAAUGUCCACAUUUGAGUAGUUCGGCAGUUUAAAAAAAAAAGUGAUCUUUUCGGACUGGAAACUACAUUCAUGGUAUUGUCCAGCCUUUGAAAGUAAUUAUUUUAAAGUGUGUAAAUAUAUGUGUAAACUUUGAAGUGCGUUUCUUAAGGCUGCAGUAACUUUUUUAUUUUGUUGAAUUUUCAAAAUAAAAAUACUGUAUUGCUUAAGAAAUGUACAUACAUUUCUUUUAUAAUAAAAAUCUUGCAAUCCAUUAUCUAAUCUAUGAAAAAUAUAACUGCAGUCUAGCUACGCAUAUGCAAAAAUGAUUUCAAAAAUUAAGGUUUUCACUUUCAUAUUUAUUAAAUAAAAUAUUCCCUAAAAAUACUGUAGAAUGUUGAUAAAAAAUAUCUUCGAACACCUGAAGAAUAAAAAUGAUAGCAUGAAAAAAGUAUGUAAUUUGACACACAUACAAUUCAGAACAUGUUUCCAGAACUUUAGUGGGAGAAUAGAAGAAAAGGGGAAAGUGCUAUUGUAUCCUUUAAAGCUCACUGUGGGAUAAUCUUAAACUGGGUCAUCAUAAAAAGAAAAUAAGCGUCCUUGUUAUUUACAUCAGUAUAGUAGUGACGGUCUUGUCUUGGGAAUGUUACGUUAGCAAUAAUAUCAUUAAGGGUAGCUUACGAAUGCCAACAUGUUGUUUAGUAAUCUUGCCAAAUUGUUCUAGAGCAAACCUUUGAAAUACAGCACUUAAAUUCUAUAAUACCCUUUUCUCUAGGUAUCUUUUUGUUUGUUAAUUUUGUGCCAAGAGUGUAAGGGAAAUAUACUUAUUUCAUAAAAGAAAUAUACUUUUUGUCAAACUAAAUGAGAAUUUUUAAGUCCUUUUGACACAUGUAUUUGAAAUUUGUAACCACUAACUUUCUGUGAAAUUAAAUGUUGCAAAUGGAACAGAUGUAUUAAGCCAAAAUUCUGGACAUGUACUGGCAAAGGUAUAAACUGGACUACAUACAGUGAUUAAAUAUUGAAAUUUGAAUUUAAAGGCUUUUGGCUUUAAUCCCCUCUUCCUGGGUUGACCAAAAAUACUGUAUAAUUAAUUUUAAGCCAGUGAAUUCUCCAGUGCACAGAGUGGCCCUCCACAUGCUGGGGAAACAUACCCAUAACUUGGAGUGAGUCAGAAUGUUUCAAACUUUAUUUGAUAUAGGGAUGAAUUCCAUUGAGUUUACUCAGCAUUUAAAGAUCUUGCUUCCAAAAAAUUCUUCUGUUUUAAAUCCAGUUUAGAUCAGUACCUGUGAUAGACUAGUAUGUGUUUUUUAAAAUAGUUAAGCAGUAAUGUCAAUGCUCAGAGGUUGUGAACAGGUAAUGUCUGGCACUGUAUAAAGUAAAUAUCAAGACUCUUUUUUCCUGUAGCAGCUUAUUUUAUAGUCCUGUUCAAGUCCAUUUUAAAUUAUAUCCCUCAUAUGAUUCAUUUUAAAUUGCUCGAAUGAAUGAAUGAAUGAAUGAAUGGGCAGUCAGCAUACAUUCACUGUAACUUUAUUGAAGAGCUAUAUUCUGAUUAGCUAGAAUGUACUUGUUCUGUACUUCCUGCAGUCAGAAAUAAGCUCAAAUACUUUUUUUAAAUUUCUGAUUGGCUAGUGAAAUUUUUAGUGACUUUGUUGGGCAGUUUUCCUGUAAUCAGACGGUCUGAUAAGUUUUAUUUAGUAUUAAAAAGGAAAAAACAGCCACAGUGUACAUCUUAAACAUUUUAUAAACUACCUUCCCUUUAGUCUUGUACAAUAUUUGUUGAUGCAUUAAUGGGUUUACGUAAAAAUCUUGAUAUAGUUUUAUCACCUUUGAAGAAAAGGUGGUUUUAGCAUAUUUCUGACUUCACAAAAGUGUACAGAACUGCUUUUAGCAACUUCCUUGUGAACAUAUUUGAACAUGUAAAAAGCUGGAUUAUCAUUUUUAGCCCACAACGUAUGGUUUCAUAAAUUAAGAAUAAUGUAACUGCAAGGAAACAGGACGCUGUCAAGAUUCUUAAGGCUCAGUAUUUGCCCCUUGAUCUUCUGAAAGACACUCUUUGUUGUACAGCAAAAUUAUUCCCAUUAUUGGGGACCAUAUGA